AUGAUAUGUUGGGUCGUUGCUUCAGUUUCUGAAGGAGUCCUACCUCAACGCAUUGGCGUAACCACCGCCAAAGCUGCAUGGAACAAAUUGGUCUCCACCUAUGCUUUUGGCUCGAAGGCUCAAAUUACGGAUUUACGUGCACAAUUGUACAAUUUAAAGAGAGAAAAUUCUAGUAUUGAAAUCUAUGCAGUGUGUGACAAAGGAAUUGCAGAUUGGCUUGCAGUGCUACACCAUCCUGUUUUAGAUGAGGAAUUGAUUGAAUUUGUUGUCGCUGGUCUUGGACCUGCAUUUCGUUUAUUUGGAAGGAUGCUUGAGUGCAGAACAUAUGAUUUUAGCUUUGAUGAUCUGUAUGGAAUGCUCUUGACUGAAGAACGACAUUUAAAGCAUGAAGAAGAGGCCACUGUUAUAUCUCCGUUAGUUCAAUACUCACAGUUCUCUUCCUUUUCAUCAAGUUCAUCAAGCCAUAUGCGCGGGAGAGGCCGCGGCAAUAGAGGCAGGGGACGUAGCAAUUAUCAAUCCUUUGCUUCAAAUCAAGGUCAUGGUUCUCAAUCACAAUCAUAA